GUGGACGUCGAUUCGAUCGUGUCGGCCAGUUGUCCGCGUAGAUCUACGACCCCGGUCAAGUGAAUGCAGCAGCAGAAAAAGACACCGUGCACAACACGAUACGAAUCACUUACUUGUCUUCGUACAGUCCUGGCUAAGACUCAGCCGGUUGGGAGAGUCCAGGCUGGAGCUAGUUCGGAAAUACUCCCAGCUGCUACAAUUGUGUUCGCAUCGCUAGAUAGCAGCAUCAAGGAGAAAGAGAGACACGAUGGGGAGCGAAGACGAGCGCAAAGCUUCCAGCCUUUCCAGGUGGAUGACACUGUUCAAGGAGCGUGCACCGAUCCUGCUCUUUGCCUUCAUAGCCCUGGGCCCGAUCUGCUCCAGUCAGUACUUGGUGAAUGGGAAGAUUGACGUGGUGCGGUUGAUUGCUGGCACAUUCGGAUUCAUGGCGGUUCUUCUACUCGUUCGGGUAAUGGAUGAUGUCAAGGACUACGACACGGAUGUCGAGGUACACCCAGACAGACCUCUGCCACGUGGUUUGUUGACUGUGGAUGAAGUUGUGCAUGCCAUCAAGAUUGCCACUGUCAGCCUCUUUGGACUUGCCCUUGUCUAUGGAAUACUGUACGGAUUCACUGCUGGUGCCGUGUUUGCUUCACUGAUGGUGUACGUGGUCCUGAUGUACUUUGAGUUUGGCAUUGGAACAUGGUUGGACGAGCGGCCCUUGCUGUAUGGACUCUCUCAUCAGUUUGCAAUUGUGAUAGCAGCAGCCUUUGCAUGCGCACUUGCUGGAGAUGAAGAUGCGUUGUGGAAACGUAGCACAUACUGCCUCGGUGCAGUUGGCCUGUCAGGGUUCUUCGCUUACGAAGUUUGCCGCAAGCUGGACCCAACGCUGCCAAAGAAAAAGGGGACGUACCUCGUCAUCUACGGACGCUGGAAGGUAUUUGCAAUUGUUACCGGCACGGUGGCAUUGGGAGUGCUUGGUGGAAAUCUACUGUCCUUGCAGCGGCUUCUCUUUCCUCUGCAGGCUACCUUACUGGUGAGCCUGUUCACCCUGUUUGCGGCGUUUCCAGAAAGUAAAAAGUUCAAGCUGGUCGAAGGAUUGGCCAUAGUUUACUUUCUGGUGCACGUGUGGAGCGGAGCUCUGUUCCACUGGUUCAUGGCCUAGCCUGGUUCAGCACACUGCAGAGAGAAGGCUGGUAGGUUGCAGCGCAGUGCUUGCGUGUUCCCGACAGCCAAAUGGCACAGCGCUGUCCGGAACACGGCCGAAGGUGCAUAGUGCCAGCUGCGAAUCACAUUGCAGACAGCAAUCACUGAUAUAACAGUUAUAUGCCUAUAUACAUUGCUGCGUUUAGAGAUAUGCAUGCAUAGACAGUGCCCGUGUUUAGCGUGCCAUGCACAUGCAGAACGUACUAUCGAAAACGUAUUUCAGCCGGUUUUAUCUCGGGAUCCAUAGUGCACAUGCUCUGCAAACGUACUCUUAUGCUGUGGUUGGCACGGUUACGCCACUGCCUGUUACCAAUACAAGAUGUAAAUGUUCUAACGAUGAUGCCAAACCGCUGUCUCAUGUAGAAAACAUGGUUGCGAUUGCUGGAUGCACACACCUGGAACUCUGAGGCAUUGAUUGCACUUUUGUCUUUUCUGAAAUUAUCGUGUUUUUUUGUGGUUUUCACCCUGAUCAUUGGGUGUGAUUCCAUUGAUGGCCACAGUAACCGGUAAGGCCGAACAUUUGGUAAAUUUGAAGAUAUUCGCAGGUUCUUA